AGAAAGGCGCUCUUGAUCAUUUCUAGUAGUCAGUGGGCGGUCUCCAGCACUUGAAAGAAAGCUCCAGUUCACUGCUCAGCUGCGGUAUUGGGUGGAGUCUUGUGCGCUUGACGCUUCACUGGAACAGGAGACCUGCUACAUUACGCACGGAGAGGUCGCCUAGUACGCCUGUACCGCGAGGAGACUGGAGGGCAGGGAACUCCGAGAACAAAGCUAACGAUUUUAUGUUUUUGUUCUACGAAAAGGAAGAGUUUGUUACUCCAUCCCUGUAUAAAGAGUGACGUUUUGGGACAUUUGGAUAUAUAUUUUCUCAGAAGCCUAUGGUUCUUUUAAGAUUAUUAUAAAGGCUACAUCGAAACCAAUGGCGAGAAUGGAAUGUGUCAAAGCAGUCCACCUUGACAAAUCACCCAUCAACAGCUUUGAGCAUCCAUUACUGCUUGAGGAGAUUAAAAGGUCAUUCAGAGUGAGAGCAGACACGUUCCCUCCACUUUCUCUCCAAGGACUGCUCGGAAACCCCGGGCCCCUCAUGAGAUGCCCACGAGUCGCCUGGCAUUUGACCCGAUAACCAUGGACGUCCGAGUGAAGGCCAAUCCGAACCUCCACUUCGGGGUCAACGGGGGUCACGACGGCGCUGAUAGAAACUCCCACAGUAAACCAUUUGAGGAUAAGGCGCUGCAUUUCUUAAGCCAGGAGGAGCAGGAUUGUCUCCUGUUCUUUGAGGAGACCAUCGACUCCCUGCUGACUACCCCAGCAGUGGAUGAGCUUGAUGGACCAGGACCCCCCAUCCGGGCAUCCGCCCCCAGCCUCAGCCCCGUACCACCCCUCUCAGCCUUGGACAGGCCGACCAAGAACCAGGACAUCAUAGACCUGGUUCGCCCAGCACAGACUGAUCUGGUCCACCCCACACAUGCACCAUUCAACCCCCCCAUGCCAGAUUUCACCCAGAAUAUGGUAAUGAACAACCCCGAGAGGCAUUUUGAGAACAAGCCGAGGCGUGAGGUGAUAGAAAACUUCCCUACAGAGUACAACCUGCCCCUCCCUGGCAAGGACAGUGCCCCCUAUGGCCACGCCAUGUACCAGCCUGUAGGCUCUGUCCCCACCCCGGUCCGCAUCGCCCAGAAGAUUGCAGAGCACCAGGGGAGUGCGGGGAACACCAACAUCCUCUCUUCCUCCCUCCUGCCCAACUGCCGUAGGAGCCUCAAUUUAGAGAACAGAGAGAGACCACCCACCCAUCCAGAUUAUCCAAUCAAACAGGACCCGACCACCUCAGCCAAGCCCACCCAUUACCCCAACAACAUCAGCAUGAUAAUGGGCAGCAACCAGCACCACAGCCAUUCGCUGGCCAGUGUGAACCUCCAGGACAGGAAGUCUCAGAUGCUGGCUAACCUAUCAGGGACGACCCACCCUGUGGAGACGGAGGAGCUCCAUGGGCUGCAGAAGGCCCAUGUAAACAUUCCCACCCGCAGUGUGUCUUUCAAGGAUCCCACUCCAAAUAAGUCCCGGAUGGAGGCACUGUCCAAACUGGGCUUGACCCGAAACAGCAGCACAAACACCAAACCCACUGCUGCCCCGAUUCCGGUUGCCACCUCUACACCCGUUCCUAUGCCUACCCCUACACUGACACCCGUGACUAAACCAGAUGUGGCCAGACAGGCAAAGACCUUGCCACCAGCAACAGUCAACAGCAACACCUCUCAUGCAAGUAUCCAUGACAACAAGCCUGCUUCUCCGUCGCCCGAAGUCUCGUCCAAGGACUUUAACAGCUAUGGCGGGAAGACCAUUGUGGUGAACCCCUCUAAGGCUGCUGCUGCUGCUCCCUCCACCAGUGGCCAUGGCAGUAAGGCCCACCCAGUGACCUCUCACAGUGACUUCAACCCUUACGGGGGUAAGACUAAGGUAAUGAAACCUGCUCCUGUUACCACAACCAGGGCUGACCUAACCCAACCAGACAUUGAGAGCAGGGACGUGCCUCCUCCAGCCUCCACCCCAGCCAGAGUGAUGCCUCCCCCAGCCUCCACCUCCACCCCAGCCAGAGUGAUGUCUACCCCAGCCUCCACCCCAGCCAGAGUGAUGUCUACCCCAGCCUCCACCCCAGCCAGAGUGAUGUCUCCCCCAGCCUCCACCUCCACCCCAGCCAGAGUGAUGCCUCCCCCAGCCUCCACCUCCACCCCAGCCAGAGUGAUGCCUCCCCCAGUCUCCACCUCCACCCCAGCCAGAGUGAUGCCUCCCCCAGCCUCAACCUCCACCCCAGCCAAUAGGAUGCCUCCACCAACCUCCACCUCCAUCCCAACCAAAGGAGAAACCAUGUCCUACGAGGUCAAGAGCUACGGGGGGAAGACCAGAAUGGUCACCCCAUCCCACACCACCCCCUCCCCCGUUUCCACCCCUGAUAUCCUCACACACACCCCAGUGAGGUCCCCGAGCAAAGCUUUAGCCCCAGUGCCUUCUUCAGCCUCCAGACCUUUCCGCUAUAGCACUCCCCCUAGCGCCAAUAGGGCGGUGGCGUCUCCCACUUCUCCGGAGCCCCGGCCGAAGUCCAUCUCCAAGCCAUCCUUCCGCUCCCAGGGGAUCACAGUGCAGUUCUCCGGACGGGGAGUGACGGAUGAGUCGCGCAGAGAAGCUCUCCGGAAACUGGGACUGCUGAAAGACACUUUCUAACUCUCUGCAUAACCUCCAUUCAGCUUCCAGGUGGACAGACGUAACAAAGGCCUCUGGAGUUUUUCUGAAAGGGUGCGAGGCGUGGCAGGAGAGGAUACCUACAUUACGGUGGAAUGAAACAGGAUCCGGGCUGAAACCGGCACACCCGGUUCUGAGCGCUGAAUGCCGACAAACGAGUCCGACACGUCACAUGGCCUAGUUGACAAAUACACACACACACACACACACGGACAUGUAUGCACACACAUUCGUCAAACAGACACACACGCACUCAAACACACACGUGCACAAGCACUCACACCCACAAAUGCAUUCACCCAACAACUCCAACACGUAUAUGCAUCAAAGCACUGUCUCUUUAUUGUGCUCUAUUUAACUGUGGUCCUACUAAGUGUUUUACAUUGCCUCUGAAUCAAGACAUAUUGUACUUUACAGAAAACACGUACCUCUAUUGUUCUCUGGGCCCGAAACAGACAAAACAAACAGACAUGUUCAAAGGGUUAAUGCAGAACAGCUGAAUGUCUUUGGCAUUGGCACAUUUGACAGAGACAGACUUUUUACUACCUUUGCCACCUUCUGGAUGUCACAUCCUCAGCUACCAGUGAGAAUCCUUACAUGCUCUCGCUCUCCAAAGAUGGAUAUAUAUAUAUAUACCCAAUAUAUUUACGCUUACUUUGUAUGACACUAUAUUGAUUACUGAUCCGUUUGAGCCAGGUACUGAUAAAGUGGACUUGAACCAUUAUAAACUGGCUGUGAAGUCACCUGAGAACUGAAGAGCCUCACAAUAUGUUACUUUGUUUACCGAUUUCGGCGUUGUUGUUAUCCAGGGGGUUAUUAUGAGUGUGAUGUAUCUCACCGUUCAGCUCUUAUGAGCGUGAACAAGGGUUGAAGGACUUUCCCGGCAGAAUAAGUUUGAAUUGACUUCACUCACUAAUUGUCACGUUUACUCCCUCUCCGGCGCUCAACGUCACCAGUUUACUCAUUAUUACGCACACCUGCCACCAUCGUUACGCGCACCUGUGCCUCAUGAAACUCACCCGGACUCCAUCACCUUCCUGAUUACCUCCCCUAUAGCUGUCACUCCCCUUGGUUCUUUCCUCAGGCGUUAUUCACUCUGUUUCUGACUAGCUGGUUCAUGUAUAUAGGCUACUCGUGUUGCUUGCAUUGUUCCAUGUUCAUUUAUUUAUUAAAUUCACUCCCUGUACGUACUCCCAGCGUACACGUGACACUAAUCUAUUAGAAUGUAUCUAUAUUCCCUGUGAGAACGGUAACCAUCCUACUCAUAAAUAUCGAUGAUAUCCUACUUGAUAGGUAUUUAUGCACCCAUUGAUUUCCACUGCUGCCUCAUGGUAUGUUAAUGACAGGUCACUCGGAAGGGGGCUACAUUCCCCCAUGCAAGAGCAAAGCUUAGGAAUGUAACAAUUGAUUGGCAUACCAAGCAAACUAAAUAGCGAUUCAAGUAGUUUGCAUUCAUGGACCUCAUAUGCUCAGCUCGAGGGUUAUCAAAUUAUUGGAAGUUCUGAAGUGACCCCAUGUGUUUUAUCUCCUCAUAUGACAUUUUUGUGAAUGUAAGUCACAGAAAAUAACAGGCUUGAGUUUCUAGGAAAGGAGGGUUAUGUAACUACAGUGCUGGCUAAAGGGUAUUUUUACUCCAUGGACAUGCCUCCCACAUAAAACCACUGAAUGUGGUUUGAAAAGUAGACUUUUACUACUUUGAGGGGAAAAAACGUAACUUGGCGAGGACGGGCAAGGGCUUGCAAUGUCCAAAACACAAGCACUGAAGCCACAGAAUCCAGAAAUACUCACAAGGACCAUUUUUUUCUUCUUGUUUUGCCCUUCUUUUGUUCCAUGUACUGUGUGCUGAACUUGCAUUUGCAGUGUGUCAUUUAUCUGUCAUCAUAACUGAUGCCUCUUGUUUCUCACUGGACUGCAGAUGUUUGGUACAUAACCCUGGUGUGUGUGUGUGUGUGUGUGUGUGUGUGUGUGUGUGUGUGUGUGUGUGUGUGUGUGUGUGUGUGUGUGUGUGUGUGUGUGUGUAACAUGUUUGUCCAUUUUAAAGUUUUUUUUUUUAAUGAAAAAAGUCAGACUCCGGUUUUGUAGUUCAUCUACAGUAACUCAUGAAGUAUCUAAUACACACAAACACACACUGGGGAAAAUAUACCUGUAGUUUGCAGACCCAGGGAGAGAAACCAAAGAGACUCACGUACAAAAUCUUUAUUUGACAUUCAAUUAACAUUGACAAAUUGUCAACAGAAGUUGCUGCUAUGGUACAACAGCGCCUUUAUAGUUUUGUCUCAUUGUCUUAUUGUACACAACGUUUAAUGUACAUCUGUGUCACCUAAUAAAGAGAGUAAUAUACAUUA